UUAAUUGAAAAAACGAAACCGGGAAAAUGAAAGAAAAAGACGAGAGAGAGAGAGGAAGAGGAAGAGGAAGAGGGUAACCACCACUCUGCCCCAUUACCAAUAAUUUUGCUACAAAAAAAAAAUUUGAAGACUUUGUGGAGAAGCAAUCAGACCCAGUGAAGACGAAACCUUAGUCGAUCUGGUGUUUCUGUUUAGUCUCUCCCACUUGCAAUGCCGGAGAUCUAACUGCCCCCAAACAUUUCUCACCAACAACAACAACAACAACAACAAUGGCGUCCAGAACCAAAACCGGUUUAAUGGAGACUCCUCGUAGUAAACCAUCUCCUCCGCCACCAAGGCUGACUAAAUCAUCAGUGACUAAAUCCGAUGGAAGUUCACCAUCUUCUGUGCACAGCACCCGUCUCUCACUAGACCGUUCCCCACAAUCUGUUAACUCCAAGCCUUCUCCUGAUCGUCGUACUGCAAGAGUCCCUACUCCACCUGAGAAGUCGCAGUCACGGUUAGGGAAAGGAUCUGAGCUACAAGCCCAACUGAAACAGAUUCAGGAGGAUUUGAGAAAAGCUAACGAGCAAAUAGCAGUGCUCAAGAAAGACAAAGCUAAAGCUCUCGAUGAUCUCAAAGGCUUUGAGAAGCUAAACAAAGAAGCCAAUGAGAAACUCAAAGAAGCACUGGCAGAAGCUCAGGGGAGUUCCGAGAUUGAAGCGGUUCAUCACGAGAAGGAUCUCUCUUGGAAGAAAGAGGUUGAAUCUAUAAGAAGCCAGCAUGCUUUAGACAUCUCAGCUCUUCUCUCCACCACUGAAGAGCUCCACAGGGUUCAACAAGAGUUGGCUAUGACUGCUGACGCUAAAAACAAGGCGCUGAGUCACGCAGAGGAAGCGACCAAGAUCGCUGAGAUGCAGGCGGAGAAGGUGGAGGUUCUUUCUGCUGAGUUAAGUCAGCUAAAGGCAUUGGUUAGUUCUGAGGAAAAGAAGAAGGCUACUGAAGGAGAUGAGGUUGUGUCUAAACUGAGAUCCGAAAUUGAGAUGCUGAGAGGGGAGCUUGAGAAUGUUAGCGUCUUAGAGAAUAAGGUGAAGGAUCAAGAAGAGUGCAUUGAGCAGCUCCACGUUGACCUCGAAGCUGCUAAAAUCGUUGAAUCAUGUGCUAAUAGCUUAGCAGCUGAGUUGAAGAAUGAACUUGAAAAACAAGUUGAAGAGUCAAAUAAGUUGAAGACGUCUGCUUCAGAGUCUUUAGAUUCAGCUAUGAAGAAGCUGGGAGAAAACAGUCAUGCGCUUCAUGAGGCAGAGUUGGACAAUGCUGCGUUGAAAGAAAAGAUUGAGUCCAUGGUGAUGACAAUUGCAAGGCAGGAAGAAGAUCUUCAGGAAUCUCAACGCCAGGUUUGCACUUUGAAAGAAGAAACUUCUAAGCUUGAAAAACUCGUUGAGUCAGUGAAAGCUGACCUUGCAACCGCCCAAGAAGAAGCUUUGGACAAUGAAAAGACUACAACAUCACAUAUUCAGAACUUACUGAAUGAAAAGACGGAGCUUGCGACAGAGCUGGAGAGCUGUAGGAAGGAAGAAGAGGAAACCAAGAAAGCUAUGGAAGGCUUAACUCUGGAGUUGCAGGAAGUAUCUGUGGAAGCAAGGGAAGCUAAGGAGAGGCUCUUGACAUGUCAAGCAGAGCUUGAACAUUGUGGAACUCAGAUUGAGAGUUUGAAGUUGGCCGCGAAAGAGACAAAUGAGAAGUCUGAAAGAAUGCUUGAAGAUGCAAGAAACGAAAUCGAUAGCCUGAAGAAUAGUUUAGGAAAGAGUCAAGAUGAGAGUGCCAGUUCGAAGACUGAGUGGGAACAGAGAGAACUUCAUUUGAUGGCUUGUGUGAAGAAAUCGGAAGAUGAAACGUUCUCUCUGCAGGGAGAGCUUAGCAAGGUGGAGGAUUUGCUUAAUCUCAAGGAAAAUGAGGUGAAGGCAGCAAAAGAAGAAGAAGCCAAUGCGAAAAGGAAACUUGAGGAACUUGAGGAGGAGCUUAAGGAUAUGCAGGAAAGAGUUGGAGAAGUGAAAGCUGAGAGUGUGAAAGUUAAAGAAAGUUUGUUGGAGAAAGAAAACGAACUAGAGAAUGCUGCUGCAGACAACAAAAAGCUCGGAGAUGAGUUGUCAAAGAUAAAUGAAAGCUUGGUGGAUAAAGAGACAAUACUGCAGAGCAUUAUUCAAGAAGCGGAGGAGCUCAGAGGGAGGGAACUUGAUUAUCUCAAGAAGAUUGAGGAGUUGUCAGCUGCAAAUUUAAGUUUGCUUGACAAAGAAACCAAACUGUUGAGCAGUGUCCAAGAAGCUGAGGAGCUCAGAGGGAGGGAGCUUGAGUAUCUCAAGAAGAUUGAAGAGUUGUCAGCAGAGAAUGUGAGCUUGACUGACAAAGAAACCAAACUGUUGAGCAUUGUUGAAGAAGCUGAUGAGCUCAAAGGGAGGGAGCUUGAUUACCUCAAGAAGAUUGAAGAGUUGUCAGCAGCGAAUGUAAGCUUGGUUGACAAAGAAACCAAACUGUUGAGCAUUGUUCAAGAAGCUGAGGAGCUCAGAGGUAGGGAGCUUGAUUAUCUCAAGAAGAUUGAAGAGUUGUCAGCAACUUUGUCAGCAGCGAAUGCGAGUUUGGUUGACAAAGAAACCAAACUGUUAAGCAUUGUUCAAGAAGCUGAUGAGCUUAAAAGGACAGAGAUUGCUUGUCUGAAGAAGAUUGAAGAGUUGUCAGCAGUGAAUGAGAGUUUGGUUGACAAAGAAACCAAACUAUUGAGCAUUGCUCAAGAAGCUGAGGAGCUCAAAAGAACAGAGAUUGCUCAUCUGAAGAAGAUUGAAGAGUUGUCAGCAUUGAAUGAGAGUUUGACUAACAAAGAAACGAAACUGCAGAGCACCAUUCAAGAAAUCGAGGUGCUCAAAGAAAAGGAGUCUGUAUACAUCAAGAAGAUUGAGGAGUUGUCAUUGCCAAAUGAGAUAUUAGCUGAGAAAGAAGCCAAACUACAGUCAGCUGUUAAGGAGAAUGAAGAGUUAAGAGAAAGGGAGUCUUCUUACCAUAAGAAGCUUGAAGAGUUGUCAAAAGUAUCUGACAACGUUGCUGCCACAGAAAUCAAACUCCACAUUUCCACUCAAGAAAACGAAGAGCUUAGAGAAAGGGAAGCUGCAUAUCUCAAGAAAAUCGAAGAGUUAUCAAAGCUGCAAGAGAAUCUUCUUGACAAAGAUAAAGACUCCAUGGAAGCGGAAGGCUACCAUAUAGAAAAGAGAGAAGCUUCUUCAGAGAGAGAGUCGGAUCACGAGUUUGCUGAAGAGGAAGAGGAAUCGAAAGCAGAAGGCAGUGACAACUUUGAUCAGUUAAGCAAUGGCUUGUCUUCAGCUGAACAUAUAGAAUAUUCCGGGAGUCUGCACUCAAAGGAACGAGAGCAGAAGAAGAAGAAACCUUUGCUCCGGAAGUUUGGAAAUCUACUGAAGAAGAAGAGUACCAGCAGCAGCAGCAGCAGCCAUAAAUAGAGGGAAGAUGAGACUAUUAUCAUUUCUACUGCAAAUGAACAUUAUUUCUUGGUUGAUUUGUCUUUAAAUCUUUGAAGAGUAUAGCUUCAGAUUCAAUUUAAGGUGCUUGAUCUCUGGUUUA